AUGUCUAAUGAAGGAUUAUGUAGAGAUCCUAUAUUUGGUCUCCCAUCAUGUCCUAUUGGUAGACAAAAGAAAAGAAGAGUGAUGCUUGCAGUUGUAUUUUCUUUGUUGGGGAUUACAAUACUAAUCGUCAUGCCCUUGGCAUAUGCAAUUGGAAGAUACCGAAGGAAAAAUUUGGCGGAAAAUGGAGUAGACUUUGCACCUGGCACAACUCUAAAGGUCUCAUAUUAUGAACUUUUGCAAGCAACUGAAGGGUAUCGUAAAAUCCAUUUGCUUGGGAUUGGGAGAUUGGGCACUGUCUAUAGAGGGACUCUCAAUAAUGGAAGGGAUGUGUUUCACUAUGGCUCCUCUUUGCCUAUUGUUCACUGUGAUUUGAAGCCAUGUAAUGUUCUGCUAGAUGAAGAUAUGGUUGCCCACUUGAGUGAUUUUGGAAUUGCUAAGUUGUUGGGUGAAGGAGAAAGCAAUGCAUACACUACAACCCUGGGAACAUUGGGUUACAUUGCACCAGAAUAUGGAUUGGAAGAAUUGGUGUCAAUAAGAUGUGAUGUUUAUAGCUAUGGCAUUGUAUUCAAACUUGUUGGGACUAGAAGAGCACGACACAAAGAAAUUGAGAUGUUGUCAUCUAUAAUGGAACCUGCUUUAAAUUGCUCCAUGGAGAGUGCUAGUGACAGGGUGAACAUGAAAGAAAGAUUAUAUACUUUGUCUAUAAAGUUAUAUAACACGCAAUUAAAUCUAGUUCGAAUUUUCUUAGUUUACAAGUUGAAUUCUGUAGAUGUCUUGAAUGCUUUCUAG